AUGGCGGAACCGCCAUACGAAACAACACGGGGCCGCGCUUCGUACUCUCAGCAAUUUCCGGGGGACGAUGCCGAGGCGGCGCCAGAGUGGCCGCCGCCGGGGCCGCCAUUGUCGGCGAAAGCGGCGGCAGCGGCCGACGCAAACGUCGCACAAUCUUCGGAGCGCCGCGACGGUCAAUCUCUUCCCGACAUUGUUGUCUGGGCAAAGGGCCCCUUGCACGACCGCCUAGACGCACUCUGCGCGGGCUACGGCGUUGGCGCUCUGCUUUCCGCCGCCAGUGUCGCAACAUCUACAGCAACAGAAGCACAAGGAGACGCAGAAACCGCGUCUUUCACCGCUAGUGCUUCUGCUUCCACCGUCGACGGGGUGCUUCCGCUUCCGCUUCAACUCGCCUUCUCCGCAAACGACUCGCGGAGCUCCUCCCCGCGCGCCCCCCUGCAUCGCCCCCUGCGCGUGGCCGUGCUGUGGCUGCCCGAACCCGCGCUGCCCCACUCCCGCGUGCACCACCUCCUCGCGCCCCUGCCGCCCCUCUCCGCGCUCGCGCCCGAGUCCAGUGGCGAAGCGGAGGGCACCGGUGGUCAAGAAGACUUCAGCAUCACUCUACGCAUUCCUCAACCCGCAUCAUCGACAGAAGACCGCCAGUCGUCCCAACAAGCCUCUUCCUCCUCCACCACCUCUCACCCCUCCCGACCACUCCGCCUUUCUCUUUUCCUCGCCUCCUCUCUCUCACCCCUCCUUCCUAGCCUCUCCGCCCUCGACCAAUCCCAGCUGCACACGUCACUGCACCGCUGCUACAGCCUGCUACAGCCGUCCCAGCCAGUGCAGCGGCUCAUAGCCAAGGAGAACAUGACACGUGUCAGACAAAGCACAGGUGUCUACCUGGAACCCGUUUCCCUCUCCACCUAUCCCUCCUCCCCCUCCCCCUCCGCCUCCGCCCUCCCCUCCGCCUCCCCGCACCCCACGUGCGCCUCCUGUCCGCCGUCGCUCCUCGUCAACUGCACGGCGCGGCGCCUCAUGUGGUUCUUCCUGCGCGCGCCGCACGCCGACGCCACCGUCGCCGCCUUCUUCCCCUCGCAAGCGCUCGCCGUCGCGCGCUCCUUCCACGCCAACCGCCAGCCGCACCUGCUCUCCGCCACGCUGCGCCGCGCCGCGCUGUGCCGCCCGAACCCCCGGUGGGGGGAGGCCGCUCCGCCCGAAGUUCCCCCCGCGGCGCUGAGCGUGAAAGAGAGCGAGAAGCGGUGGUGGGUGAAACAGAUGGUGCGACGGAUGCUCGUGGCGGGGGAGGGGGAGGAGGAGGAGAUGCAGGAAGCGCGCGCGCAAGGCAGUGCGCGUGGGAGCGGCAAGGGGCGGCCGCGGAGGCAGUCGAUUCUGUGCGCGCGGCUGGAAGCGGCGGAGCUGUUUGCGCUGGCGCAGGCGCGCGGACUCAUCCACGCGCAACACUCCCCGCAGGCGGACCUCGUGCACGCGCAGGCGCGCGCGCGCGGAGCUGUUGUGGUGGUGCGGGAUGUGAAUGUCGCGCCCGAGAGUGAACCCUUGGCGGACGAUAGCGGGCAAGGGGAGGAGCGCGCGGGAGAGGGGGAGGAAGGGAGAGCAGCGGGCGGAGAAGGUGGUAUGGGUGAGCAAGAGGCAGCAGGGGGGGGGAGUGAGGGCAUUGCGGAGAGCACGGGGAAUGGGUGGGCGGGUGCUGACGGUGCGGGUGUUAGGGCUCUUCCGCGGCGCCUGAGCGCGACGGAUGGUCCCAGUGGUGGUGAAGGAGGUGCAGCGGUGUGGUUUGAGGUGGAGAGGGCGCUGUGUGAUGCGCCGGCCAUGAAGCCCAUCACGGAGCACCGCGUGGGGCAGCAGCUCAUAGUUGUACUGCAACCAAUGCGCCUUGCACCUCUUCACCUCUCACUCGAUUCUCUCUCUCUCUGUCCCCUUCCCGUGCCCCUCCCUGCGCUCUCCCUUCCCUGCGCCCUCCCCGCGCUCCCCCUUGCCCCUCCCCGCGCCCUGCACACGUGCACCACUCCAGAGUCCCUGGGGGUGUUCUACUGCGCGGUACCCAAGGCCGCCUUUUCACUCGCCUCAAAAAGUCCCUGGGGGUUUUCUACUGCGCUGUACCCAAGGCGGCGCCCUCCCUGCCCUCUCCUGCCCCUCCCUGCGCCUUCCACCCCCCCCACCCCCGCAUGCGCCACACCAGAGUCCCUGGGAGUGUUCUACUGCGCGGUGCCCAAGGCGGCCUGCACCAGCUGGAAGAUGUGGAUGCGCCAGCAGCACCACGAUCCAAACGCCGCCGACCGCGCCUCCGUGCACCGCCCCUACCGCUCGCACCUCCCGGCCGUCUGGUUCGGCAUGUCCGAGCCUGAGGCCAUCCGAGCCGUCACCCGGCGGGACCUGGUGCGGUUUGUGUUUGUGCGGAACCCGUUCUCACGUCUGGUGUCGGCGUACAUGGAUAAGGUGGUGCAGGGGGAGGGCAUCGGCAUGCGCAUCCGCAUCGGAUGGACUCUGGUGAGUCAACACGUGUGGAUAAGCAGGGUGUGUGAGAAGUGGGGAGGGAGUAAGGGGGGGAUUUGGGUGGAUGUGUGGCCCUCUUCCCUUUUCACUUGCUCGCCCUCUUCUGCUCGCCAUCUCCUGCCAUGCUGCCGUCUCACAUCCUGCCAUCGUCGUGCCCCUCAUCCCUGUCUCCUCCCCUUCUCUCGUGUCCACUCACCUUGUCCUCCACUCCCACCCCUCCCACCCCUCCCACCCCAUCCCUCCCUCCCCUCACAUGCCUCCUUCUCCCCUGUCAACCCCUCCCCUCUUCCCACCUCAUCUCCUCCCUCUCCCAACCCCCCCCCCUCCUCCCUCUCCCCCUCCCCUCCUCCUCUCCCUCCCCCACACCCACCACAGCGCUUCUUCUUCCGCUUGGCGACAGUCAGCCGCCAAACGCACCGCCCAUUCGCCCUCUCCGACCUCGCCCACCCCUCGCGCCUCUCCCCCGCGCUCUCCCCGUGGGGCGCGCUGCGCCUGAUGCUGGGCGCGGUGGUGAGCUUCAAGGAAUUUACUCGCCUGGUGGAGGAGGCCCGGCGGAUGGACGAUCUCGUGGCCAUGGACAACCACCUCGCGCCACAGACCUUCGUGUGCGGGUUGAACCACAUAAAGUACGACGUGGUGGGGCGCUUUGAGCACAUGCAGCAGGACGUGCAGGCAGUGCUCUCCGCACUCGGCAAGCCCGCCGUGGCAGAGGAAGAGCAAGGCACGGAGGCGGGCGCGGGUGCGGGGGCGGGGGCGGGGGCGCGGAGAGCAGCAGGCAAGGUGGAGGACCCGUUUGCGGCGGGCAAGGGCGUGCACUUCACAAACUCGUCCAACCGCGUGUUUGACAUGAUUCAAGACAAGGUGUGUGCUGCUUGUACGGAGACGUAUCUGAGGGUGAAGCGGAUAUACGCCAUGGACAUGCACUCCACGCUCAACGAUCUGCAGUACGACCCACCCGCAGAUUUGGCAAAGAAGUUUGAAGGUUGA